GUAACAUCUGUGACGCUGGUGAGAUUGCCGCCAACCGCGCCAAUCGACGCUUCCAUUCGUCAGAUCUCGCAGCAUCCGCGGGGAGGGAGCACGCGCGCCCUGGUCACAAAGAGCAAACCGCUUGCUUCGACCAACCUGUUUGCUGGCAUCUGUACAUUUCGACAGUCAUCGCCACAAACGGAGAUAAAAACACAGUGGGCAUCAUCGUGUACCCAGGCACCGUCAGCAGUGAUUCAGACUCGCACAAAGGAAUCCUGCCUCAACCACAACUCACCUCCCGGGCAACACCACGACUCUUACACAUCCACAUAACUUGGGACAGUCCUCCCCGCUUUCGAAAGUCAGCGGGCGUCACUCUGUCCAUAACUAGCCUUCCCCUGCGGCACGUAACCAGGAAAAGAAAACAUAAUCAGACAAAAAUGUUGUCGAGGUGGUUCAUGCGGUCACCGCAGCACCCACCGCAGCAGCAGCGUGCUGGCCGGCCAACCGAUGGAAAUGCCACAGGUGGCACGGAUGAAAAGGCAGACGCCAGAUCUGUCGAAUCGAUCGAUACCAUUGGCGAGGUAUUUCAAAAGCCAAACAUCAAGAUCCACCUCCUCAAGUCUGGAGAUGGGGCCAUCGUCAGUGUGGUGCCGGCCGCCAACCCGAACCCGGAAGUGGUUGCCUCGGGACAUGUGCCCGUCGACAUUGUCUUGGUGAUCGAUGUCUCUGGAAGCAUGAGCGAUGCUGCGCCUGCCCCCGGAGGCGCUGGUGACCCCAGUGGCACUCGUGAAGACUUUGGCCUGUCGGUACUGGAUCUGACGAAGCAUGCCGCUCGCACCAUUGUGGAGACACUCAACGACGACGACAGGCUUUCGAUCGUGACGUUCAGUACCAGGGCCACUGUCCUGCAACCACUUACACCCAUGACCAAGUCGGCAAAGGCGUCGACCGAACAACAGAUUGCCAGCAUGACGCCCCAGGCGACAACAAACAUGUGGCAAGGGAUCAUGCACGGACUGGAUCAAUUCGACGACAAGAAUAAAGACAGCGGUCGCGUGCCCGCUCUCAUGGUGUUGACGGACGGUAUGCCUAACUUUGGAGAUCCGCCCAAAGGGUACGUGGCCAAGCUUCGGGAGAUGGCCCCUUUGCCAGCCACCAUCCACACUUUUGGCUUUGGGUAUCAGCUGGAUGCGUGCCUGCUCAAGUCUGUUGCUGAGGUCGGAGGCGGCAAUUUCUCCUUUAUUCCUGAUGCAGGCAUGAUCGGAACCGUCUUCAUACACGCCGUGGCUCAUCUGCAAAGCACACACGCGACGAAAUGCACUCUUGAGAUCAAGACACCGCUUUCCAUCAAGAUGAAGACGACCCACGGAUCCAUCAUCAAUGGAACCAUCUCCGACGACGACAGUGUAUCUGCAACCCGCACACACAAUGUACUCAAGCUGAAUCUCGGCAGUUUGCAAUAUGGACAGUCUCGGGACGUCUACCUCGAAUGCCGAAGCAGGACCAACAGCAAAUGGACCGUCGAUCAGGCCGUGGCCGCGGGGAAGAAGGCGGACAGCAAUUUCGACAUCAAGAGCGCCGUCUUGAGUGCAACCUUGGCCUACUCGUUCAUGCGCAGCGAAGUACUCGAAGUCGAUGCAGAGCAGUCGCUGGCCACCGAGCGGGCAGCGAAGAAGACGAGCCAAGUAGACGACGAGGGACUUCUGAGAGCUCUCGAGGCAUACCACAAGUCCCGUGCAAUGAUCUGCGAGUUUCUCGCGUCUUUCUUCCAGCCAAACCCGUUCGCAGGCUACACCCUCGCGGUCGACCCUCGCCAACUUGAGGCGCAGCAGGAUCGGCUCAAACAACUUGUCAGUAAUCUCCCCGCCCGGAAAAUCCUCGACAACGACGCUGCAUCCCAAUCCAUUGCAGCCCCGGAUCAAGCUCUGCUCCAGUCUCUCCUCGACGACCUCGAGGGCCAAAUCACCAUCGCCGUCUCCAAGAAAGAUUACUUUCAGACCUGGGCGAUGCCAUAUUUUGCCAGCUUGUCCCACGCGCACUCGAGGCAGCUGUGCAACUCGUUCAAGGACCCCGGCCCGCUAAAGUACAACGACAACGACUUCUUCCGCCAGUGCCGGGACGCGCUCGACAAGGCGUUCGAGAAGAUCGAGCCGCCCGCCCCGUCUCGCAACCCUCGCGCCUCCGUCCUCGCCCCUAGAUCCCCCAACGGUGGUGGCAGCACCGCUCCAGGGCCACCGCCGGCAUAUUCCCCGGGCCACCAUUCCUCGUCGUUAUCGUCCCCGCCGAGUUACGGCUCCUCGAUCAUGAGCGGAAGCCGCAGACUGAACAUGGCCCUGUACAACGACUGCAACUCCACGUGCUUUGCGGGCGACACGCUCGUCCAGCUCGCGCGCGGCUGCGGACGGAGAACACAGCCAGGCCACGACGAAGGCCGUGGAAAGAUCGCUUCGGCGAGCCAGAUCCCAAUCUCGAGGCUCCGCUCGGGCGUGCGCGUGAUGACACCGCUUGGACCGCGGCGAGUACGGUAUGUCCUGCGCACGGCGGUCCAGGACGCGCCAAUGUGUCGCAUCCGUGUCGGCGGCGGCGGUGGCAACGGCAGUAGUGAUGAUGGUGGUGGUAGCAGCGCGGCGGGCUCGGCGGGUGUGUUAGUCACGCCGUGGCAUCCGAUCUGCAUCUCGACCGCUCCUCCCACAUCUUCUGGCUCACGCGCUGCUGAUCUAGGAGAACUGAGCAGCAAAGGUGCCUCCACGGGCUGGGUGUUUCCCGCAUAUCUCACUCCCUCGCCCUCAUCCACUCCCCAGGACCGCCAUGGCGAGGGGGAAGAGGAGGAGGAGGAGGGGAUGAACAAUGACGUGGUCCGAUACACGGGGUUCGUGUACACCGUCAUGCUCCAGCCCGACAGCAAUCCCGCCGCGCACGGGAUCCUCGUCAGCAGCAGCAGCAGCGCUCCCCCGGCGAGGCGUCGAACGACUUGCUGCUCUGCACUGCGCAACCAGGACGAUGACCACACCCCGGAGGAUGUCGGCAAUAAUGAUGAUGGAGGAACACGACGAGCACCUCAGAUCUGGGGCGUCACUCUCGGCCACGGGAUCACGGGCAAGUCGGCGGUCCUUGGAGCAGGGCUUACUACUACCAUGUCGACGACAUCUAACAGCGAGGACGACGAGGAUGAUGCCUACGACGCCGACGAGCUUGAGAAGAGGGACGUCCGCGAACACGCAUUCUUCGGCUCCUACUCUGCCGUCGAAAAAGCCCUCCUCGGUCUCCUCGUCCUUGAGCGUCGUUCAUCAUGUCCUGCCGGAUCGGUGCCUGUCACAGGGCUCCGGUCGGAGUCGGAUCGGUAUGCGCGCAGGACGGCUCUGGCGAAGACACGAAGAGGCGUGGUGUCGUGCGCUGGUGUCAUGAGGGAUCCGCGGUCGGGAUUGGUCCGUGGUUUCCAGCCGCUUUGAGCAUGGGGAACUGAUGUUCAGUUGAGUCAAAAUGAGGUGAAAUCAUCAUCAUGACGUAGAAAGACUUCGUUCAUUGAUUGCGAUC